GCGUUAUCCGGAUCGGACUUCGGGGGCGUUCACCUCGCGUUGUGCAGCCGACGAGAAUGCGCGUCCGUGUGGCGGACCUGGCACGUCCUGGUGUCCACAAGGAGCGUCUCCGGUGGCUCCGCGGCACAGAAUCCAUAGAUGGCACGCACGUCUUGUACUGGAUGCAAUCGUCGCUACGGACGAAAUUCAACUACGCGCUGGAAGUCGCCAUCGAUGCCGCAACCCGCCUGCAACAACCGCUGCACGUUCUCCAUACAAUCGACGCGGCAUCCACCAAGUCGGAGCGGCACAUGGCGUUCCUCUUGGAGAGCCUUGUGGACGUACAUACGUCGCUCCGCACGCGGAAUCUACGCCUUAACGUUGGCUACGGUCCGUCCACCGUGGACAUCGCCCUUGCCGCGGCCCACGGCGCCUCUCUUGUCGUUGUCGACCACCCUUACCUUCGACACCCGGCCAAGUUGUACCAGACGUUUGCAGACCAAGCCACCUCGACCGCCGUGCUGCAAGUCGAAGGCGACGUCGUCGUCCCAGUGGAGCACGCCAGCGACAAGGAAGAGCACACUGCCCGCACGAUUCGACCGAAAAUCACCAAGCUCUUGGAUCGGUACCUCAAACCGCUAGCUCCAGGCACCCCUCCUGCUGCUGUCUGUGCCAAUGUAUCCCUUGCAAACAGCCUGGCCAUACCGUGUUGCACGUGGCUCGAUCCGUCGCAGUCCGUGGACGAGUUGCUGGCGGCGACGGCGGGAUCGCUCGACACGUCCGUUGCCCGCGUGCGAACAUAUCUUGGCGGCGAAAGCCAAGCGCAAGCGGCAGUACAAGCGUUCUUCAAGGCGAAAUUGGCCAAAUAUGCCACGGCCCGGAACGAACCGAGCGGCGACGGCAGCAGCAACCUGAGUCCAUAUUUGCACUAUGGAAACGUAUCCCCCGUCGACAUUGCGCUGCAGACAAAGGCGUUCGCCGGGACAGGGCCCGCCGUUGCCGCAUCCAAGGCGUCGUUCCUGGAAGAGCUCAUUGUGCGCCGCGAACUGUCGAUGAACUUUGUCUGGUACAACCCGCGGUACGACGCAUUCGACGCUGCGCUGCCCGCCUACGCCGUGCUGACGCUCCAAGAGCACGCAGCCGACAAGCGGGCCAUCACGUACUCCAAGGACGAGCUCGACAUGGCCAAGACCCACGAUCCGUACUGGAACGCGGCGCAGCUCGACAUGGUGGUCACGGGCAAGAUGCAAAACUACAUGCGCAUGUACUGGGGCAAGAAGAUUAUCGAGUGGAGCGCGACGCCACAAGAAGCGUUUGCGACUGCCAUCGACCUCAACGACAAGUACAACCUUGACGGCGACGAUCCGAAUUCGUACACGGGAGUGGCGUGGGUGUUUGGGUACGUGCACCUUGUCUGCAUGGCGUCGGUUGUGUGCGGUGGCCGAUGGGACGCGCGGCAGGUCGCCGAGGGCCGCCACGACCCUCGGGCGAUGCCGCCGCCUAGCCGAGAAUGCGAUGGCGUGUGCAUGCUUUGGCAUACGGCGUCGGCCGCUAGGAUGAACUCACCACGUGCGUAGAAAGCACGACCAGGGGUGGAAGGAGCGCGACAUUUUCGGCAAGGUCCGGUAUAUGAACGCCGAAGGCCUCGAGCGCAAGUUUGACAUGGCGGCGUAUUUGGGCAAAGUCCGCAGGUUGUGCGCCAAGGCGGGCCGCCCAACGGGAACGUCCUUGGACAUGCCUGUCCGAGCGAAGAAAGCCACGGCGUCCAAGCGGAAACGAGCGUAAGUCGGCGCUCUCGGACACGAUCCAGUUGAAUCCAUGGCACGGCGGCCAUGGCGUCUGCAAGGAACGUGUAGGGAACGAGGUGUGCAAUGGGUGUCGAAGUUGCUUUUCAUGACUCUUGCGCACGUUCGCGCCGCCUCCCGUGAUCACGAUCCUCGUGAACGAACCACCUCAACACGUUGGGCGGAUGCGUUGGCAAAGAGCAGCUCAUGGCGCUGUUGGCUGGUUGCAGGGGUGUUUGGUCGCCGAGGGGCC